UGUCCACGCCGUGCACUGCGGGCCGUACACACUGUCUUGACGGAGUCUCUCGGAGGAGGCCGGCGCGUCAGUCCGUAUUUCUCAGCGAGCCCGUGGCCGUCGCUUCUACUGCGCCUCGGCCCCAGCUCCAGGGUGCAGCUCGACGCGUUGUCAUGACAGUUGCUGUUGAGAAAGUUCAGAAUGGCGGCUCCUGGGAGUUAGAUGUCGACCAGAAAUGCGAACCACAGAAGACAGAACCCCGCGGACAGUGGAGCUCCCAGAUGGACUUCAUACUCAGCAUCGUGGGAUACGCCGUUGGCUUGGGCAACUUCUGGCGGUUCCCUUAUCUCUGCUACAAGAACGGCGGAGGUGCGUUCCUGGUGCCGUACCUGAUCACGUUGCUGGUGGCUGGCCUGCCGCUGCUCUGUAUGGAGCUGACCAUUGGCCAGUACACCAACCUGGGGCCCAGCAUGCUCUUCCAGAACCUGUCGCCGCUCUUCGCCGGAGUCGGCUACGGUAUGGUGAUGGUUUCGUUUCUGGUCGUCUGUUACUACAACCUCAUCAUGACAUGGACUAUCUUCUAUACCGUUGCCUCAUUCAGAAGCACGCUCGGCUGGUCCAGCUGCGCCAACGACUAUAACACCGAGAACUGCUUCACGCUGGCCGAGGAACAGGCGUGCCUGAACCAAACCGGCGGCACCGACCUGUUCUGGAACAAGACGUGCUACCCAAUCGACGCGUUCUGCGCGCAGAACAACUUCACCCUCUUCAACGCCACACACUGCUCCAGCAACGUUAACUCUUCGUUGUUGAAGGCGUAUGGAGACAUUGGACAUCGCAUAUCCGCCAGUGAGGACUAUUUCACCAACUAUGUGCUGGGCCUACUGGAUCACUCGUGGGAGGACUACGGCACUCUCAAGUGGGACCUAUGCCUCUGUCUGCUGGCCGCGUGGCUCAUCGUCGGCCUUUGUCUCAUGAAGGGCGUCAAGUCCUCCGGCAAGGUGGUCUACUUCACCGCCGUCUUCCCCUACGUUGUGCUCAUCAUUCUUCUGGUGCGCGGCGUGACGCUGGAGGGUGCUGCCGACGGCAUGGCCUACUACAUGACGCCGAACAUGUCGCGACUGACUGAAUCGCGGGUCUGGGCCGACGCCGCCACCCAGAUAUUCUACUCGUUCGGACUCAGCUUCGGCGGCGUCAUCACCCUCGCCAGUUACAAUCGUUUCGAUAACAACUGCAUGAGAGACGCCAUCUUCGUAGGGUUUACCAACUGUGGUACAUCCGUGCUUGCGGGCUUCGUAGUGUUCUCCGUUCUCGGAUUUAUGGCCAAACGUCUUGGCAAGAAAGUGAGCGAAGUGGUGGUGUCCGGAUCUGGGCUCACCUUCAUCGCCUAUCCGGAGGCGGUCGUGCACAUGCCCGUCGCCCCAGUCUGGGCUGUUCUGUUCUUCUUCAUGAUCAUCACUCUAGGACUGGACUCGCAGUUCGCCAUGGUCGAAACGGUGUUAACGGCGGUUUAUGACCAAUGGCCUCAUCUGAGGAGCAGGAAGGCAGCCGUCGUCUCUGUGGCAUCCAUCCUUGGAUUCUUGCUGAGCAUCAGCAUGUGCGCGAACGGCGGCAUCCACCUGUUCACGCUGAUGGACUGGUACUCGGGCUCGUGGUCGCUGAUGGUGCUGGCGCUGCUCGAAGUACUGGUCGUGGCCUGGGCGUUCGGCGCUGACCGGGUGCUGACGCUGAUGGAGGUCGAAAUGGGCAUCAGGAUACCCCGGCUGCUCCGCUGGUACUGGUACAUCAUGUGGAAGUACAUCACGCCAGUCGUCGUAGUCGGCAUCCUGGCGUUCUCGGUCGUGCAGUACCAGCCGGCCUACUACGGCAGCGGCGAGGCCAAGCAGGUGUACCCCGUCUGGGUGAACGCGCUAGGCUGGCUGAUGUCGGUGGCGCCGAUCAUCCUCGUGCCGGCCUUUGCCGUUGCCUACCUUUGCGGCAGCCGCCGACAGGGGCUCCGUGCAGGGCUGCAGCCCACACCGCUCUGGCGCCCGGCCGGCAAACGGGCUAGCGUGGCCGCCGCGCAGGAGCUGAACGAAUCGACGCUGCCGUCGGCCGACGCGGCUGCGGACAACACACAGGGCGAGGCGAAUGCGGGAUAUGUCCCUGACCCUGCGGUGGUGGUGCACCUGUCGAAUGGGUCUCACGAGCCCAAGUGAUGCCGAACCCGUCUGAGGUGACGCCGGGGGUUGCAUCACACAGCAGUCGCCAACACCGGACUUCUAGAGGCCGCGCGAAAGUUAGCUUACGCUCCAGCGCACGUCGUAUGGGUGAUUUUGCAUAAGCAAUUCUAAGAUUGUGACGGCGGCGAAAUGUCAU